UUCUAUACGAAAACUACAUAUAUAACACUACCGGCCGAAAAGUUCGGGGGGUCGGGCGCCCCUCCCGGCCCCUUCAAAGCAUCGCCCCUGAACACAAAUAAGCGUUCAUGAACAUAAUAUAUAAUACAUUAAUGCAUAUUAAAUAUGUUAUUUGUUGGAAUUUUGAAGUAUUUAAAUAAAAAUUUAAAACACUAAUGAACUAUUGAACGCAAACGAACAUAAACGAACACGUUACCGAACGUUCACGAACAUUAAUGAAACGAACGGAAUUUCUUGUUCGUGUUCGUUAACUGUUCAUUUAUCAAACGAACAAACACAAAUGAACUUCCCGCCAAACGGUUCACGAACUAUUUGCUAAACCUUUGGUUCGUUUGCAGCACAACACCAAGGGAAACAUAUAGAGGGAAUGAUCAUAAAUUGGCGGAUUGUCAUAUGAAAGUUUUUGUUAAUUACCAUUAUUUUGAACUUUUGAUCAUUUAUAAUGUUAUUGUUAUCUUUUUCUCAAGUGUUUGGGUAAUUUUGAACUUAUGAUCUUUUAUAAUGUUAUUGUUAUCUUUUUUUUUUCAAGUGUUUGGGUUAUUUUGAACUUUUGACCUUUUAUAAUGCUAUUGUUAUCUUUUUUUUUUUUUUUUCAAGUGUUUGGGUAAAGUCGAUUAUGGUUUUGAUUUUAUAGGCACUUAAAGAAUUAUUAUUGCAGGAUCCAUAAGAAGUUGCUAUAAGAAAACAGUCUGUGUAAUGUCUAAACAAAUCCUCGCCAUGAAAGAUUGCACAAACACAAGGAAGGAGUCCGAUUACUCAUGGGAAGUCCUUCAACUUCUUAUUCUCAGUGUUUUUAGUUUGGAGAUGAAACCGGUCCCUGUCAACCGUGACCCAAGUGUCAAAGAAAUCUUUAAGAGAUUGUUAUUUGAAUUGAACCAUGGGCCAAUCAAGGAGAAAGUGGUUCGUUCCGUUGAGCAACCAAAGGAUGAUGUGCCGCCACCACCACCACCACCACCACCACAUUUUAGUAUUAACCUUUGUUUCCCUAAUGAAGAAGAGAAGGCGGAAAUUUAUCGGAAAUACAAGGUUCUGCACCAACCGGAAGUUACUUCCGAUGAUUACUUCGAAAAGUUAGGGUUUUUGAGUAGCUAUGAAUCUUUGAUGUAUGUUUCGGGUAAAAAGAAGGCUAAGUUUCCGGGAAAAUCUCUGUAUGCUCUGGGCCGUUCAUGGUUCAAGGAAGGAGUCACUAAGGAAGAUAAGUGUGUUACCAAAGACAUGCAGAAGAAGGAGAAGUGUCACAGGAGUGACGAUGAUGAACUGAAGGGGUACUUAAAAGAAUUUGUUGAGCAAGCUAGGGCAGCUAAGGUUCUGGCCAGAAUGUCUAGAUAUGCUCAUCGUUGUGGAAAAAAGAAGUUUGUACCAAAGAUGCUAAGUUUGGAUGAUCUACUAAUGGCAUUGGACCAAGAGGGGUAAUCGAAGGCAUGAUGUGGUAUCUGUUGUUGAAAUGAUGUUAUGCUCAUGAACCUACAAUAGGAGCUUUUGUCGCACUAGAGUUUGCAUCUAUUAUGUUGUAUAUGAUAAACUUCAGAAGGAUUUUAAGAUCUAUUUGGGAAA